AGAUAAGGAAGCAGCUGAGAUCUGACAUUUGUUUGUUUAUCAGUGCUGAAGUGUCAGUUUACCCGUAAACAUGGUGCGUCCGGGAACGUAUUCACCGCUGAAAGAUAAAAAUAACAUUGCUCUCACGAAGAAAAUGAAGCCAGUGAUAGAAGAUGCUUCGAGUGUGGAUGCCAAUGGCCUGGAUGGAGGCUGCGACGAUGCUGUCGCAGAGGAGGGGGACCUUGAGCUGUGGGACUCCCGGUACAUGCUCCGCGGGGACCAACACAGUGCGGACGGAGCCUUUGGUAACUCCAGGUGGGGUCCCCGCGGUUGGUGCAGACCUUCCUGCAUUCCUAUCACCAUCAUCCUUAUCCUCAUAGUACUGGUUGUGCUGCUGCCUCUUCUAGACCACCAGAAUAGUCACCACGGAAAAGGUGGCAGCUCAUCUAACUCGUCUGUCUGUGAAGACUCCUGCAGGUUCACUCUAGUGGAAAGUAUACCAGAAGGACUAACUUACCCUCCUGGUUCAACACCUCACCCUUCUACGUAUCAGACUUGGAUGACAAUGAUAGAGAAUGCUGAAAAUUCAAUAGAAAUUGCCUCAUUUUACUGGACGUUAAGAGGAUCGGACAUCUAUAAACACCCUUCGGCGUGGCAGGGAGAAGAUGUGUUCAAAGCUCUAAUGGAAGCAGGUGCUAAUAGAAGUAUUACUCUGAGGAUUGCACAAAAUUUUCCAAAUCCAAAACAGCCAAACUUGGACACUGAAGAUCUCAUAAGGCAUGGAGCUGCUGAGGUGCGAAGUGUUAACUUCCCUCGUCUUGUGGGCGGUGGUGUGCUGCACACUAAACUUUGGAUUGUGGACCGGAAACAUGUGUACAUAGGUAGUGCAAACAUGGACUGGAGAUCACUUACACAGGUGAAAGAGCUUGGUGCGGCAAUCUACAACUGCAGUUGCUUAGCUGCCGACUUUGGGAAGAUCUUUGAUAUAUACUGGUUCCUGGGUUUACCAGAGUCUGAAAUCCCUGGUGAAUGGCCUGACAUUUUUGACACUGCAUACAAUAUCUUUCAUCCAAUGAGUGUCCCAUUUAAUGGCACAGAGGCACUCACUUAUGUUGGAAGUUCACCACCCUCUUUCUGCCCAGAUGGUCGUUCAACAGAUUUAUUAACUAUUCAGGAAGUCAUCAGAACAGCUGAAAAAUUUAUUUAUAUUUCUGUUAUGGAUUAUCUUCCACUCAUCAUCUAUGAACCAAAAGUACAGCUGUGGCAAGUCAUUGAUGACGCUCUGAGAGAAGCUGCAGUCAACCGCCGUGUGGAGAUAAGGUUGCUGAUCAGUGAGUGGAACAGCACAAAGCCGUCGAUGGAUUACUUCCUGCGAUCUCUGGCUGCCAUUAGCGGCUCUUACCAUGGUGUUACUGUUAGAGUGAAACACUUCAAGGUUUCGAGCACUGCUGAGCAGGCCAAAAUACCAUUUGCAAGAGUGAAUCACAAUAAGUAUAUGGUGACUGACAACACAGCCUAUAUUGGUACAUCAAACUGGUCUGGGGAUUACUUCACAAAAACUGGUGGUGUUGGGCUUGUUGUGAGAGACAAUGCCACAGAAGCCUCUUCACCUGAAUCAAAGAGCAGCAUCCGUGGGCAGCUUCAGGCAAUAUUUGAAAGAGACUGGAGUUCUCGUUAUUCAACUCCAAUUAAUUUGUCUGAUUAAAUGACCUUUAAUAAGGUCAAACUUAUUCUUUCAGUAAUGGAGAAAAAUACGCUGCCAGCUUCCUUCCAGUGCUUCAGAAUGUGAUGAGAGCUGCAUCUUGCAUAAAAGCUUAUUUAUAUUUAUCAUCAGUGUCGCCAGAGUGCAAAUUUGGGUGAUCGUCUUUCAUUUUUACCGUAAACCAACAGACCUCAACAAAUUAUUACAGGCAAAAGCUCUUAUUACUUCAUACCACUUAUUAGGAUAUCUGAACAAUAAGUAUUCUAGUUGUUAGCAGUUUUGGCCAUCUCAUGUGGGUCACAGUGCCUGCGUCUCAGUUGCAACGAAACCAAAAUGAAAGCUAUAAAUGGCACUCCCCUUUGAUUAAGGUAGAAAUGUUAAGUGUUGAUAACAAUGAAGCAUUUGUGAUAUUUUAAGUGUUGCAUAGUGUUUGUGUGUGUGUGUGUGUGUGUGUGUGUGUGUGUGUGUGUGUGUGUGUGUUUUGGGGGAGGGGGUGCUUGAAUAAUUAAAGUUCACUUCACACUGUGAGACUAUACAGGUUAAUCUUCCUGCUUUCCUCUAAAAAUUGCCAGAGAUCAGUAUGUGUGUAUGUUUGACUUUUGUUUGGUGGGUGGGGGGACAGAAGGGGGGAGGAGUUGGCUACCCUACCAUUCUUGCCUCUCAUUUUAUGUGUUGUUGAGUAGUAUUUUUUAAUGCCAGCCGUAGCUGUGAUAUCUUUACAUUAUAAUAUUUUGUAUGUUGAGUGCCACUGUUUAUUGCAGUGGUGGUAGUGUUCUUUUUAUCAAAUAGCUUACAAUUAACUGGUUUAUAUUGUAAGUACUAUGUUGUACAGUCAUAGUGGGAAUGAUGUACAUUACAUGUGUUUAUAUUUGCGAUUUUUGUUUAAAUUUUUUUUUUUAAUCCUCACAUUGUGUUGCUGCUGUGCAGCAAUUCACUUUGCACUUGAGUCAUAAGCAUAGUUAUAAUUAUUUCUGACUCUUUUACUAUGACCAGAAUUAGUAAUUAAUUAUACUUCCUUUUUAUAUUUUUAACACUAUUUCAUAAAAUAAUAUGUAGACAAAAGUUUGAUUAAAUUCAUAGAUAAUUUACAUUGUGAAGGUAAAUAUACUGCCACUCUGCUUGCUUAUUAUGAGCAACUUUUACAGCCUGAUUCAAAAUGGUGUUCAAUAAAUUAUAGUGUGCUAAUGUGUGAUUACUUGUCAGUGUGAUAAGUCUGUGUCUGAAAUCGAGCUCCACAAACUACGAUGAGCUUUUCUUCAUUUUCAUCUUAACGUUAUGGGUACUUUCAGGCAAUAUUGAGGGAAGUUCUUAUCUGUUGACUAAAUUAAUGGUGUCAUGGUGCUUCGUUGAAAUCAAUUUAAAGUCUUAUGUUUUAAAUAUGAACUUUCCUCUAAUUAUUGCUAUUUAUUAAACUAGGACUAAAGUGUAAUCCAUAUAUGUGGUAACCUUCAUUAACACUUUAAAUGACAGAAUAGGUUUUUUUCACAUAAUGAUGAAAUGCGUAAUUUCUGGGGAUAACAAUGUAUAACCCUUCUCAAUUUAUUAUGUAUUUUUAAAUCUACCAAUAGAUAAGGGUUCUAAAUAUUUGCCAAAGAAUCCGGAGAAGAAGAAUGGUUAUACAUGAUAAUUCAAGUUGUUUAGCAAUGGCAUAAGUUUGACACUGAAAAAUAAAUUUUAUUGCCUAGACUGUCUUAGCAGAUUGCAAGCACCCUGUAAGUUCAUUAGUGAUUAACAGGAAUUGACUUGUCAUACAACAAUGUAGUAAAUAAUAAGGAGCAAAAGCUUACUGUCAACUGAAUGUAACUAUGGAGGUGAUUGUGUAAGGUUGUCACAAGAAAGGAACAUUUGAUUCAUAUGACAGGGU